AAAUUUGUUUUAAAACCUGAAGAGAUAAACACAUCUACUAAGACUAGCAAUAAGAUAAGAUUUAAACUAACAUAAUUUUUGUUGUCUAUUAACCUUAUCACCCAUGUGCUUGGGAGGGUUUUGUUAACACAGUUGUGAUGAAAUUUAAUACUAGCUGAAAUAUUUCUUUGUACGUAUAUAUGCGUUGAAUGAAUCUUGUAGAAAACAUCCGACAGAGUAGCUAUGCAGUACGUUGGCUAUCCAAGCGAUAGCCUAUUGAAGGGAUUGCCCAUAUUGCCGGGGUGGCUCUGUCGUAGAGGUUGGGCGUGGGCUGCUGCAUUCUCCCCUCAUUUUCUUUGCACAUUUGUUCGUUGUAUUCUGACCUCACUGGGAGAAGUGAACGCGUGCUCAGCGAAUGGGCCAUUCCCAGGGGCAGUACUGCUUAGAGUAAAUUAAAACGAGGCAACAUUUGAAUGUAUUUUUUGCAGCAGAAGCAGCUGUGGUGAGGCGAAGGGAGCUGACCACCAACCUCUGGAUUUUUGUUUUCGUUUGGUGUGCUAAUUGAGAGCGUUGGCAGGAUCCCUUCUGCUAAUUUGAAGAACGGUGUUUGCUGUGAGUAUACACGUAGUGCUGAUCUCUCAGGAUGACGGAGUAUAAGCUGGUGGUGGUUGGAGCAGGUGGCGUGGGAAAGAGUGCGCUCACCAUCCAGCUCAUCCAGAACCACUUUGUGGAUGAGUACGACCCCACAAUUGAGGACUCCUACAGGAAGCAGGUGGUGAUUGACGGGGAGACGUGCCUGCUGGACAUCCUGGACACAGCGGGUCAGGAGGAGUAUAGCGCCAUGCGGGACCAGUAUAUGAGGACUGGGGAAGGCUUCCUCUGUGUCUUUGCCAUUAACAACACCAAGUCCUUUGAGGACAUUCACCAGUACAGAGAGCAGAUCAAACGGGUGAAGGACUCGGACGACGUGCCCAUGGUGCUGGUGGGCAACAAGUGCGACCUCCCGGCUCGCACGGUGGACACGCGGCAGGCGCAGGAUCUGGCCCGCAGCUACGGAAUUCCCUACAUCGAGACCUCGGCCAAGACGCGCCAGGGAGUGGAAGAUGCCUUCUACACGCUAGUCCGUGAGAUCAGGCAGCACAAGCUGAGGAAACUGAACCCGCCUGAUGAGAGUGGCCAGGACUGCAUGAAUUGCCGUUGUGUGGUGUCAUGACCAGCCCCAGCGUGACAGGUGUCCAACAGAGACAGGCAGAGUGGAGAUGAACUGAAGAAGGCGCUGCAACAAUAGUGUGAGAACAAAACCAGGGCAUCUGUCUGACGCCAGCUCUGAUUGGCUGGCGGGGCCCCUGACUGCAGUUUUCACUGGCUCGAGAGACCCCCUGACUGUGGCUCUCAUUGGCUGGUUGGGCCCCCAACACUUGUCAGGAUUCCCGUGGUCUAACUCCUCCCUGUCUGCCAGAGGCCCAACACUACCGAAUUGUUCAUGUGUGAAAACACUGUGCUAACACUGGGGAAACACCACCAGUCUCGUUACAUUAUUGUUUCAAUGGCCGCAGCACUGUUCUUUACACUGAUGUCUCUGCUCUUGCAGUCCCUGUCCUGUGACACCUUGCCGUCUCCACUUUAUUAGCGACUGGACAGUUGUGGCCACCUCCAACUGUAACCCAUUCAUAUACUCUCUCACAGUCCAUCUCUACCUGCAGGCCAUACUCCACUUCCUCAAAAUGGCCAAAUGGAUCUGAUUCCCUGCUGGUGUCUAAAUUGUUUGCACCGUGGGAUUGUCUCUUUUUAGCCCAAAUUUUAAUAUUUGUUCAUUUUUAAGAAUCAGACUUAUGUAUAGUUUCUUUUAAAUGUGUUGAUCUUGUGUACACAUUUAAAGCAGUCAUGAUAAUUUGAUCUGCUGCCAAAAGAAAGUCUAGAUAGGUGGGUUGGCAGAGUCUGACCAAUAGAACUGUAAAGAUGACCACAGAUAGUAACAACAGGUUAUGUAGGGUAUGUGUGUGGUGGAUGGAGGUUAAUGUAGGGCUGUAUGUGUGUUGUGUAUGGAUGUUGGUGUAGCAUGUAUGUAUGUUGUAGGUGGUGGUGGGUGUAGGGAUGUAUGCGUGCUGUGGCUGGAGGUGGGUGUAGGGGUGUAUGCGUGCUGUGGCUGGAGGUGGGUGUAGGGGUGGAUGUGUGUCGUGUGUAGGUUAGCGUAGGGGUCUGUGUGCUGUGGGUGGGGUUGUAGUGGGUGUAGAGUUGGGUCUUACAGUUAUCUAUGGAUCUGCGGCAUUUAGGUAAAUCACAGCCGUAGGGAUCGCAAUUCCCUCCACCGAGAGAUAUUUGCUUAUCUGCAUUUAUACAUUUAGAAUUUCUUCUCCUUUUCUUGUUCAGUGUGACUGGAUGAUCGCUGCCAUUCUUACAUUUCUCAAACAGCUGCAUGUGUGGGGUUUAGCUGUUAAUUGCUCAGUUUAACUUACAGCUAGGUGUGUGUGGGUAAGCCGCUGCAGCCGGGAAUAGUGCAUGUGACGGGGAGUAUACAAGUCGGCCAUCACUGUGUUCUGACAUGGCUCAGGAAACAAGGUUCUGCAGAUCUUCACUAGUGAUUGUACCGGAAGGGCCUGAGGUGAGGACCAUAGUUCAGUUUCACAGAAAAACAGGGUCUGUCUGCCUGUAGCACAGACUGAAUUCUCCCCACUCAGCUUGACAUCUUGCCUCUCUGUGGCUGUAAAACCCUUUUCUUUCUAGUGAGUGAAAUUAUCGCCUGCUAGAAACCACUUCAGAUUGUAAAUGUUAAAAUCAGCACAGAUUAAAAAAUUGUGUUUAUCUUCUGCUGUGCACACGCUGGUGCACACGGCAUAACUUCCGCCGCUGAAGCUGUGAAUGGUAAUGUCUCAUUAUUUGAAGACCGCCUUAUCCGUGAGCUUCUUUUGGCCUCUAUGUGCAGUGCAGUUUCGAUCUUUUGUCGCAUCUAGACCCUUCCAUUGCAAGCUGAUAGAUUUAGGUUGCAGUAUGGAGGAAAGGAGGAAUUGCGACAAGUUAAAAAUGGAAAAAUUGUUAUUUCUAUAUUUUGGUAGCCAAUAGCCUUUGAAGAGUUGCGGUAGAUAUGAUUUUAUUGUGUGUGUGGGGGGAGGUAGCUUUCAUGCUGAGCAGGAAAAAUGAGAGAUGGAGCUCAUAGGCUUGCAGUGUCAAAAUAGUAAUCGGUUGUGUCUAAACGUUGAUUUUAUCUGUGGUGUUUAAGUGGCUAAAAUUAUUACCCAUCAGGCUUUGCUGGGAAGAGUAUCUCAGACUAAUGGGUUUCUAUUAAAAUGGUACCAUCUAUUUUUCAACCUCCAAUAACUUCCCCUGGAUUCAUUCAACAUUUGUCCUUAGUUUUUAAAUAAAAUAAAGCAUUUUUCAUUACAAAUUACUUUUUUUUUGGUGAUUGCAGAACUUGGGUGAUCUGCAUUUGUGAGGGACAAUUGUUGAUUAACUAUAGGGGUUAUCAUCCUUUCAAGGAAAACAUACUACCUUUAUAAACUUACCCUGUAUAACCCUUUAUAUGAUAAUGUGCUGCUAGGUUGUGCUCUGUGUGUGGGGUGAGUGUGUGUGUGUGCGUUUGGGCGUGUACAUGUGUGUUUGUGUGUGUGUGUGUGUGUUGGGGGUGGGGAGGGCUGUGUUUAGUGGACCAUUUGGAAACUUGAAUUACACGGUAGCACCUCUGAGAUACUAAUGCAUCAGGAAUGGAGGUCAUUAGGAACUCUGAAAUGUUCAGAACUUUAAAUACCAAUUUUAUGAAUGUGAAUCCUUUUUUUAUUUGGUAUCAUGACCUUCAUUACUGUAGCCUUGUUUUUAAAAUAAGCUACUCCUUUUCUUGCUAUGAACUUUAGUUUAAAUAAAAGACAUUUAACUGGUAGUAAUUGGGAUCUCAUUAGAACAUUUGUUUUUUUUAUUUUCUGUUGGCUUUCUGAAUGUAAUCUCUCCUUUUUAGUGACCUUCCAUCUUUUGCCUCAUUUGCAAACUUUCAUUUUUGUCUUCCCCUUCUUUAUAGCAAAGAUGGGUGAUUGUCCCACAUUGUAUUAUUUUGUAAUCAUGCUAAAACAUGCCCCUUUGUCGAAUUUUGAAAGUGACUUGUUUCAAUUUGAUGCUUGCUUUUUUUGCAUUGAUGAUAAAACAAAGCUUGAUAUUGAUAAAGUGUAAUUGCAUGUACUUAUUAUGUUUUGUACCCUGUUUGGUUGACCAAUCGGUCAGUUAUGCUGAGGUUGGUAUUUCUGAGGUGUACUGAACUCAGUUUGUCUCAUUCUUGUGUACAUUUUGUUCUACAUCACCUGCACACACAAUACCUGAGACAUCACCUGCACACCUGAGCACAUGAGGCUUCUAUUUGAUAAGGUGGGGGAAGACAGACACUGUACAGUUUAUUAGCUGUGCUAAACUGAAGGGUUAAACUCACCUCUGUCUUAAACCUGGCUCUUUAGUAUAGACCUCAUAUCAUUGUGCAGAUGACUAGAUGACACAGACUGAUGACGCUCUCCCAUAUUACUCUUGAGAAAUGUUCAAUAAUUUUGAGUACUGUUCGGUAAUGCUCAGUGAUGUCCAGCAGUGUACAGAAAUGCUCAGUAAGGUCAGCUAUGUUCUACCUAUAUUCCACUCAUAAACAUACCAGCCUGGGUCUUGCCAGUCUGUUGGCAUAUGGGUGUGUAGCCCACAUUUGUGUCUGUCAAGAUAUUGGAAUAUGAGGGCAGAAUGUUAUUCAUUCACCUGGUUAUUGUUUGUAGAUUAUGGAAUAGUUUUUAUUUCAUGAUUUUUGAGCCAGGACAGUGCUAAUUGUUUUUUUAGGUUUUUAUUGCACUAAUGUACAUUUAUGGAAUUUGUGUCAUUUCAUAUGUUGUACAAUGGAAAGAAAUAUUACAAAAUUUAAUUUGUACUGUACUGCAUAUAGCACUAUAAUUUAACAUUACAGAAACUAUAACAUCCAUUUCUUGGGUAAAUACUGUGUCUUAAAGAAAUGUGUGCUGUUUUCUAUUUCUCUCACUGUGAUGAUGAUGGAAUCAAGUUGAAUUAUCUUUCAUUAUUUUUGGCAGAAAUGUAUUGAGGCAUAACGGAUUUCCAUUGUCUGACCUUUUAUAACCCUGACCAAUUACCCCGUAACCCUCUGAUCCAAGUUUGUUUGAUGGCAUAGGAAUGAAGUAAAAUAAAACCAUUACACACACA